UUGCGUCGAACAGCAUUACGCAGGACAAAACAGACGUCCAUUGCUGUAGUUGAUGUGUUGAACAUUGCAACCAUCCCAAAAACAGCCCAGUCACUUUCGUUACUAGCUGUUGAUUCACUAUCAUACUCUGGCGCUCUUUUACUAGAUCAAGACUGUACAUGCUCCAGUUCUUAGGGUGGCCAUACCGAUCGUUCUGUUACACGGCUAGAUACUCCAAGUAAUCCUACAUUCAUUUGGAAACUCUCAAGCACAUUCAGUCGUUCGAGGCCCCAAUAUGCGCCUCUCCAUUCUUACCGCGCUUUGCGGUGCUGCAGUAACCUAUGCAAUUCCUACCAUCGAAGCUUAUGGCAACAAGUUUUUCACGAGUGAUGGUGACCAAUUCUUCAUCAAGGGAGUUGCAUAUCAACUAGUUCCAGAUGACCCUUUGAUUGAUACAGCUCAGUGUACACGAGAUGCAGCUUUGAUGGAAGAACUAGGGGUCAAUACUAUUCGCGUCUAUCACGUGGACCCAGAUGCCGAUCACGAUGGAUGCAUGGAAGUUUUUGCUAAAGCUGGCAUUUAUGCCAUGAUUGACAUGGACACCUUCACAACUUACAUUCUUCCGGACGAUCCCUACUGGAAUGAGUCUCAGCUGGAUGCAUAUUCAAAAGUUAUGGACGCAUUUCAUGACUAUGACAACUUGCUUGGCCUAUUCGUAGGCAACGAGAUUAUUGCUAUUAACAACCAAUCUCUUGCUGCCCCGUUUAUCAAGUCUGCAAGUAGAGAUCUCAAGGCGUACCGGGACGCGAAGGGUUAUCGCAAAAUUCCCGUGGGCUACUCUGCUACUGACAUUGCUGAGCUCCGGCCGUAUUUACAAGACUACCUAACUUGUGGUGGAAAUUCUUCCGAAAAUAUCGACUUCUAUGGCAUCAAUUCUUACCAGUGGUGUGACCCUUCGUCUUACAUGAGUUCCGGCUACGUGAACCUUCAAGAACAAGCCAAGGACUUCCCAGUCCCCAUCUUUUUCAGCGAAACAGGAUGCAAUGAACCCGGUCCCCGUCUAUUCGAGGACCAAGCGUCGAUUUUUGGGCCGAUUAUGUCAAAAGAUUGGAGCGGUGCCAUCAUCUAUGAGUGGAUCGAGGAACAAAACCAUUAUGGACUCAUUUCCUAUGGGCCGAAGGUUGAUCCGACUGUUACUGGCAAGAACAUUUACGACGGAUUUACCCGUGCAGGUACCCCGACACCGGUGAAGCCUGAUUUCGAUAAUCUCAGCAAGCAGUGGGCCCAGAUCACACCAACAGGCAUUGCCAGGGCUGACUACGACCCAAAGAUUGUGUCGACUCGUGCUUGCCCGGCCUCCACGGCUGAGGGUUGGCUUGUGGAUGGAAAUGUGGCCGUGCCCACUCUGGGAGCAUCGCUCGGCACAAGUAGCUACUCCCCUACACCAUCUGCCUCUGACACAAGCGCGGCUUCAACCCCGUCUGAGACGGAGAACGCGGUUCCUGGUUCUCAGGAGGCGACUGGUAUGGCUGCUGGGCUGGUAGCGGUGAUGAUGAUGUUCGCAAUCUGGCUUUAAGCCCUCCCAGACGAAAGCAUGUUUAUAACUUAUACAUUGUACUCUGGUGUUGACCGGCUAGAGGGAUCAAUGACUUGAAACGGGUAAUGCUCUAUUCCACGCUCUAAUGAUCAGUUAGAACCGGAAACUCAGGCACUCUGCACGGCGUUAGUCUUUUUGUUUUGGCCUACAUUGUCAGUUAGAUGAGACUCUACUAGACUCGUAUACCCGGCCACCAUGACCGAGCUAAUGUAGAAUAUCAUACAUGAUGUUGGAUCGUUGGUAUAUUCGUCUUGACAUCUGGGCGCUCUCUGCUAUUGAUUCAGUGGUUGAAACUUUCAAGUGCUCGGGAAAUAAUCGCUAAUGCCUCAAUAUUCUCAUACAGAUUGAAAGAUAACUAAAAUGUCUUGCGUCAUAUAUGAUACCAAAUCACAUCAAGGUAGCUAUCAUAUCACGUAGCGACACACAUCAUAGCAGUGAAGAGUGAAACAAAGACAAGGAACAGCUAUUUAUGAAAUGA